GGUAACGGUAACAAAACCGUCGAUCUAUGCCCGGAGAGAGAACCGCUGACACUGGCGUGACUCGGGAUUCCGGAUUUCGAUUCUGCUCUGGACGGCGCCGGGCGGUACCACGUGUGUAGGUGCCUUGAUGUAUAAGAGUAUCUGGCGCGCUCCGCUGGCAGCUGGAUUUAAAGAGCGUAGGUAUCCGUACAGGAGCGCGUCCAAGCCAAGGUGACCCCGCAUCAACACAGCUUCCUCACCGACCAUCCCUGUUUCCAAAGCGAACUUCGACCUCACCACCAACCAAGCGAGCCAAGCUAGCUGAGCUCUUCAGCAGACCUGACACCCGGUGCUAUCCUGACUUGAGCGAUUCGGGACAGAUUCAAUCAACCCAUGCGCGAGCCGACGAAUACCAAACACUAGACACAGACAAGCCGCAUGCAAUGUCGGCACCCGGCGCGCCAGAUUCGACAUUGCGAGGUGUGUCUGGGAGCAUGGCUGGGAGCUCCCAGACCUCGCUGAGUGCGACGCUUUCAUCACCCCAGACCGGCGCUCCCAAACCCAACCACAACCACAUGCACCCCCAUCGCCAGAGCUUCGCCGAGAACCAGCGGCAUCCUCCCCCAUCGCCCCGCAGCCAGCGACAUCCGUCCUUCACACAGCAGGCUAUUCAAGACCUCGUGAACCACCCGCCUCCCAAUCGGCAUCCUAAUCCCCGAUAUUCUGGGAGGGACUGGCGAGACGUUGCGCUGGGGGAGCUGGCCGUUCCAGAAGAUGUCAGGUGGGCCAGCAUGGACGAUAGUGUCCAGAGUGCCACAUUUACCCUCAUAAAAAACAACCCGACCAAUGUUGUGCUGGUUCGCGAAAGUCCCGAAUCCAGGACGGCAGUCACGACGUUCGAUUAUAACGACCUGAACGCGUAUUUGCUAGUUGUUGUAGGACUCGCAAAGCCCGAGGACGAAGACGUGGGUCUGUAUACUGAGAUUUCGAGGAAAGCCCAGGCUCAGGAGGACAUUGCGUUGCACCAGAUCCAAUCGCUGUGUCAGAAAGAGGAAUUGGUGGUUUUGCCGGCCGAGGCAACUCUCGACAAGGCCGUUGAGUCGUUUGGAGGCGGGGUUCAUCGGAUUCUGAUCGUCAACCAGGCGGGCGACGUCAUUGGGGUGCUCACCCAGCUACGCCUUGUCGAGUUCUUUUGGAACGAGGCCGUCAACUUUCCGGUUAUUGACCGGUUAUAUGGCAGCCUUCUCCGGGAUCUCGGAAUCGGCACGCACCAGAUCAUCGCCAUCAACAUCGACGCUCCUCUAGCCGACGCCCUCUUGUUGAUGCACAACGAGGGGCUGACAUCGGUUGCCGUCGUCGAUCAGGGGCUCAACGUCGUAGGCAACAUAUCAACCGCUGACGUCAGGCAUUUGACGAGCGCCGCCAGCCUACCGCUUCUCAAGGACACGUGCAUGCACUUCAUCAGCGUGAUCCUCCACGAACGUGGCGUCGAGCACGGCCGGGACUCGUUUCCCGUCUUCCACGUCAACCCUUACUCGACGCUCGGGCACACCGUCGCCAAACUCGUCGCUACCAAGUCCCACCGCAUGUGGGUUGUUGAGUCGGCCUCUCCGUCACCGAGCGCGCCGGCAACGCCCCUACUGCAGCCAAGCAACCCCGCGGCUACGACUGCUGCCGCACCUCCACCUACCUCUGGCGGAACCGGCGGCGGAACAACUUCGCCGCCGCCCACCGUCAUCAUCCCUCCGUUGAGCAGCUCCUCGACGCCGCAGUCUCCGCUUCCGGGCCAAAACUUUGCCGGUGUGCCCGGCGGCAUGCCCGGUGCGCGGCUUUCGGGCCGCCUGACGGGCGUCGUGUCCAUGACCGACAUACUGAACCUGUUUGCCAGGUCGAGCGGCCUCCGCCCUUCAGACCCCUCGGAGCAGCGGGCGCGGAGGAGACGCAGCUCGAGCGCCUCGGUGCGGCCUAGCAUCGACAGCGCCCGGGCUAGCGUUGACUUUAGGAGGUAAAAAACCUCGGUUGGGGGAAUACGUGGGAACCGGGACACACAAUCAGUAAUCCAUAUACACGUACUCGUCGGCUUCUGAGGGCUCAGAGGCCGCGUAGAGCUACUCUGGUCCUCAUUGAGGAUACAUAUCACUCCCUCGAAAGGCGUUGGUUGGGUGAUAGGCGUGGCAUGGUUGCGGCAUUGUCAUUCAGGGGUUCUUUUUGCGCGUCGGAUGCUUCAGCAUAGGCCUCAUUCCACUCAUAGGAUGGAUUCCAAAUCAUCAAUCACCUCAGAGAGCGAGCGUAGGUUACAGUAGGUGGCCAAGCACCACCACUUCGAGAAUGCCAUAUUCUUUGUCUUUGGACAAA